CUUGAAACCAUUUUUUUUUAUUUGGUUGGUUUUUUACUUAUAUGAUGAAUCAACAGCAUCAACACAAACCCUCUAUACAAAGAAAGAGGCCAUGGCUCAUAUAUGAAGAAAUGUUACUUCAUGAAUUAGUUAAUGAAUAUGUCAAUGACUGGAUAUUAAUCUCAUCAAAACUUCAAACAAGGACUGCACAUGAUUGCAAAAUAAAGUAUGUCGAACUUUCAAAAUCAAGUAUUACACAAAAAAAUCGUUUUCAAAAUAACGUUAAUAAUAAUAAUGCGAUUCCUCCAACCACUCCCGUGAUUGUGGUUCCAUCUAAUUCUAGACCAAUAAAUCGAAACCAAAAAAUGGAUUUGAGAUAUAUAAUGAAUUAAUUUUAUUCUUUAUGUUCUCUAUUUCUAUUUUUACUAUUAGGCGUUGUUUCAAGAAUUGUUUUUUUU